UAUAUAUAUAUAAUUAUAUACAUAUACAUGUAUAUAAAUACACACACAUAUAGUUUUAUAUAUAUAUAUAUAUAUAUAUAGAUAUACAUAUAUUUAUACAUAGGGAUUGACAGCCACCAUACAUAUAGAUAGUGCUUGUACGCACACAAAUCACUAGUACAUCAAUCCUAAUAUACAAAUAUCAAGAUGAAAUUCACAAACGUGAACAAUGUAAAGGUAUACAAUGUCAACACCGGCAAAAGUGUACCAGAAUGGUUAACUGACCGCAAGAAGCGAGCAUUAGUAAAAAAAGAUGUAGAUCUACAACAACGUGUACAGCUCAUACAAGACUUCGAUAUGCCUACAGCAGCCACUCGCAUCAAGAUGUCGAGGGAUCAGCAGUAUUUGAUGGCGUCGGGUGUAUAUAAGCCGAAACUCAAGUGUUUCGAGACCGCUGAACUGGGUAUGAAGUUUGAACGUAGUUUGGACUGUGAGAUCGUACAAUUCCAGAUAUUAAGUGAUGACUUCAGGAAAGUUGUGUUUCUGGAAGCUGAUAGAUAUGUCGAAUUCCACGCACAUUUUGGACGCUACUUCAAAACGAGGAUACCUGCACAUGGACGAGAUAUGUCAUAUCAUAGUGGUUCAUGUGAUCUAUAUCUCUGUGGGUCGUCACCUGAUCUAUGGAGAUUAAAUCUGGAGUCGGGGCGAUUCAUGGCCCCGCUGAGAGGCAAAGGCAAAGAAUAUAACGUUGUCAAAAUCAGUCCAGCUCACCAACUUAUAACGUCGGGAUCUACUACUGGCGGUGUGGAGGUUUGGGACCCGCGCACAAAGGAGUUAGCGUCGGGUCUGCGCUUGCCCAUGGAGGACAAUCAGACGGAGGAGGUAACCGCUUUGCGGUACAGCGACGACGGUAUAAAGAUGGCGGUAGGCACAAGCGGCGGCAUGGUGUACAUGUACGACAUCCGAUCAGACAAGCCGUUUGUGGUGAAGGACCAUCAGUACGGCUAUCCAAUAUUAGACCUCAAAUUCCACUCGUCCAAACGAGUGCUGUCCACUGAUAAGCGGGUGAUUAAAAUUUGGGAUGAAACCGAUGGCGAGAACUACACAGCCAUAGAAUCACAGCACGACAUCAAUGACACGUGUGUGGCCAAUGACUCAGGUCUUAUCAUGACAGCCAACGAGGGCUCGGAUAUGCAAGCCUUCUUCAUCCCCGAUCUUGGUCCAGCGCCCAAGUGGUGCAACUUCUUGGAUACGAUAUCAGAGGAGCUCGCACAAACGGACAAUACAACUAUAUACGACGACUACAAGUUCGUUAGUAAAAUGGAUCUGGAGACGCUUGGAUUGUCCGAUCUCAUUGGCUCACGUCUGCUGCAGCCUUACAUGCACGGAUUCUACAUGGAUAUGCGGCUGUACCAGAAGGCCAAAGCGGCUGUGGAUCCGUUCUCGUACAAAGACUACAGGAAAGAGGCUAUCAAGAAGAAGAUCAGCGACAAACGAGCCAACCGUAUUGGUGUGGUGAAAAAGCUGCCCAAGGUCAAUACAGACUAUGCGAAGUUCUUGAUACAGGAAGAAGCCAAGGGAGAGAGUGGCAAGAAGGAUACGGAAAUGGCGGGCAAUGCGCUCAAGGACGACCGUUUCUCGUCGCUGUGGAGCAACCCAGAAUACAGUGUGGAUGCCACGAGUGAAGAGUUCAAGGCCCGUCACCCCAAGCUGGCUAAGAGUCAGUUCAACGCCGAAUCGAUCAAAUUGAUUCAACAGAACGACGAAGAGGAAAGCGAACGCGAUGGCAAGGGCAGUGACGAGUCAUCCAGCGAAAGCGAGGAGGAGGAGGAAGUCAAGGCGCCUGUGAAGAAGGAAAAGAAAAAGAAGACAACCGCGCCGCAAGUCAACAUGUACGAAGUGAAUGCGAUCAACCACGAAAAGCGUCGCAAGGAGCGUAAGGUCAUGCUGGGCAGUCGUGUGGACGAGGAAAUGGGAGAAGUACGCACGCAUGCUGCACACGUAGGAGGACGCUCGCAUACGUUCAAGAUGCAUGAGAAGGUCGACCAUGCCGCUGUGGAGAAGGAGAAGGCGAGGAAGGAGCAUGUCAAAGAACGAGUGGACGCAAGACGGAGUGUCAAGACACUCAAUCUCAAGCGCAGAGGCCCUGUGUAUUGGCGUGGCCAAAAAGUAGAAUAGGUGCAACUAUGAUCACAGCUGAAAGUUUGUUACAUUGCAACCGAGCAUUUGUGAUGGAAUAGAAUAUAAAAUAAAAAUUAGUGUGAACAUUACGUAUGACCACAGCUUGAAGCC